GUCAUCGUUUCGAUCUGCCCAAAAAAAAUGGGGAAGAAAACGAAGAGGAAGCACAGAGACGACCCUCCGUCGUCCGCUUCGACAUCCGAGGAGGAUGACACCGACUGUUCAUCGGACACCUCGUCGGAGAAGCGACGGAACCGGCGGAGGAGCGAUAGUAGCUCGAGGCGGUCGGAGAAGGAGAAGAGGAAGAGGAGGAAGGAGCGGAAGGAAAGAGAGAGAGAUAGAAGGAGAAGGAAAUCGACGACGAAGAAGAAGAAGAGGGGUUAUGAUUAUGAUUCAGAGUCCGAUUCCGAUUCAGGUAGCGAGGAGACUGUGAGGCGACGAGUCAAGCCGGAAGCUGUAGCAAAGGAGAUGCUCAAGGAGUUCCCUGGCGUCGGAGGCGACUUGAAGCAGCUGCUACAAAUGAUUGAUGGUGGACAAGCUGUUGAUAUCAAAGGCAUAUCAGAGAAGUUGCUGGCCAAGCAUUUGAAGAAGCUUUUUAUUUCCUUGAAGCUAAAGGAGAAUGGGGAUCGGGUGUUCCUGCUCCCUUCGAAUCAUCCACCCACUUUGGAGAUACUGGGGUCUUUGAUUGAGGAUCACAUGGAACCUAAAGGGCAGCAACCUGAUGAUGCUGCUACUGAAAAUGGUGUGCAUCCGUUAGGGACGGAUGAAGAGUCCAGACGAGCAUUGGAUCACAAUGAUUCACCGAAGCCAUCGACUUCAGCAGAUAUUGCUGGUCCCAGAAGAAGGGUGAUUGGGCCUGAAAUGCCAUCAUCUGAGUUACUUGCAGCAGCUGCAAAAUUAACUGAAGCACAAGAGGAGCUUAGGUCUGUAGAGAUGGAUGAAGAUGAUGAAUUUUUUAUUGGACCUCCCCCACCGGCUGUUGUUGCUGAAGUUGCAGCUGCAAAUGAGGCAGAACGUUAUGAAGAGGUUACAAGAAUUAUGGACAGCAGUGAUGAUUCUCCAUAUGAUGUUGUUGGGGUGAACCAUAAAAUGUCUGCUGAUAAUAUAAAGAAGAGGUACUGGAAACUGUCUCUUCUGGUGCAUCCAGACAAGUGUUCUCAUCCUCAAGCCCAACAAGCUUUUGUCAAAUUGAAUAAAGCUUUUAAGGAUUUGCAAGAUACUGACAAGCGAAAAGUGUUGGACGAGAAAAUUAAGCAGAAGGAGGAGCUGGAAGCAUUUAAGAUUGAGUUGAAAGCUAUGCGUGAAGCAGCUCACUGGAGAAAAUUGCAAGGUAUAAUGUUGGAGGGUGAUGAAGAGCUUCUGGCAGAGCUUGAGGUUAAAGAAGCUCCAAAAAGAGAUGAAUGGAUGACAACGCUACCACCAGAAAGGAAAGCUGGUGGGGUGCCCAAUCAUUCGACCAAAACAUUCAGCAUGAAGGGCGGUAAAGAAGGUCGCGGUGAUACUAGCGCAUGGACAGAUACUCCUUCAGACAGAGCCCAAAGGGCUAAAAUGAACUACCUGGAAGCCUACGAUGCAGCCGCAGCACUGGCUGCGAACGAAGACGACAAGAAACGAUCCAAUGAAGAUGCUGAUCUGGUAGACAAAUAUAACAAGGCCAAGCGCUCAAAAUCCUUGGUGCAGAAGCAUCAAGAGGAAUUGGUCGAUCGCACUAAGAAGUCGUCAUCGAAGCAGAAGCAGAAGGGAAAGGAAACCGAGAAAGAAGAGUGGUCAGGCCAGCAUCCGUGGAAGCCCUGGGAUCGCGAGAAGGACCUUUCGGCUGGAAGACUGAAUGUGAAGCUCGAUGCAGAAAACAUGGCGCAAGGUUUGACUUCCCGGUUCUCAUCAGCCAACUUCCAGAGGAACUUUCUUUAGCUAUCGACUCUCAGAUCUCUGUUUGGUUUCUCUGGUAUACAAAGCUUAACUUGGCGCCGUUGGACUUUGUUGGAUGACUGAUUUAGAAGUGUUAUCUUGUUUGGUUUUACUCAGCAGCCAUAAUUUUUUCAGCCACUACCAUGCCUUUCGCAGUCAGAUGUCCGUCAUUCUGUAUAUAUAUUACAACUAAUUAUCAUGCGAAUAAGGAAUUGAUCUAGUGGUAUCGCCACUAGUUUUCAAAGU